UAUUUACACUAAAUACGCCACAAGGUUACAGCGCGGAUCAACGUCAUUUGAUCGGUGAUGACUCCCUUAAACGCCGGGGCUGGGACCGCUGCUCCGCGACCCGCCGUCCACCCAGAUGCACCCGGGAGUUCCUUUUCCCCCCAGAAAAGAAACAGACUUUAAAUAGUUUCGGGAGCAGGGACCUGGGACGGCCCUCCCACAAGCUGUCAGUGCCUGGGCCAGCUGCCUCCUUUCGCGGGUGUUUCUCGCCAGACUGACAGUCCCUACGACAGCAUGCAGUUGAGCUAAGGGAUGGAAGAAGCCAGCCUGUGCCUUGGAGUGUCCGCCGCCGCGGCCGACGCGGAGCCCCGCCGGAGCGGCCCCGUGCUCAACGGCCAGUAUGCCAUGAGCCAGAAGCUGCACCACGUCACCUCGCAGCUGGGCCAGGCCUUCCCCGAGCUGCACGUGCGGCCCGGCCCCGAGGACAAGCCCGCGCCCCUCGACGACCAGGCGCACGUGGCCCUGGGCGGCGGCCCGGCCCUGGGCAGCCCCAUGGCGCUGCUGGCCAGCCCGCUGGGCCGCGACCUGGACACCAGCCUCAACGGGCGCGUGGACCUGCAGCAGUUCCUCAACGGGCAGAACCUGGGCAUCAUGUCGCAGAUGAGCGACAUCGAGGACGACGCGCGCAAGAACCGCAAGUACCCGUGCCCGCUGUGCGGCAAGCGCUUCCGCUUCAACAGCAUCCUCUCGCUGCACAUGCGCACGCACACGGGCGAGAAGCCCUUCAAGUGCCCCUACUGCGACCACCGCGCGGCGCAGAAGGGCAACCUCAAGAUCCACCUGCGCACCCACAAGCUGGGCAACCUGGGCAAGGGCCGCGGGCGCGUGCGCGAGGAGAACCGCCUGCUGCACGAGCUGGAGGAGCGCGCCAUCCUGCGGGACAAGCAGCUGCGGAGCAGCCUGGCGCCCGCACGCCCGGACCUCAAGCCCCCGCCGCACGCGCAUGCGCACGCGCCGCCCGCCCCGCCCGCCGCUCCCGGCCACCUGGCGCCCCCCGCCGCCUCCGCCCCCGGCGCGCCCGACGCCGCCCGCCCCGCGCCCUCGCCCAAGCCCGCCCUGGGCGGCGGCGGCGCGCAGGAAGAGGCGGCAGCCCCCGCGGCCGGCUUCCGCUGCACCUUCUGCAAGGGCAAGUUCAAGAAGCGCGAGGAGCUGGACCGCCACAUCCGCAUCCUGCACAAGCCCUACAAGUGCACGCUGUGCGACUUCGCCGCCUCGCAGGAGGAGGAGCUCAUCAGCCACGUGGAGAAGGCGCACAUCACGGCCGAGUCGGCGCAGGGCCAGGGCCCCGGCGGCGGCGGCGAGCAGGCGGCGCACGAGUUCCGCUGCGAGGUGUGCGGGCAGGUGUUCAGCCAGGCGUGGUUCCUCAAGGGCCACAUGCGCAAGCACAAGGACUCCUUCGAGCACUGCUGCCAGAUCUGCGGCCGGCGCUUCAAGGAGCCCUGGUUCCUCAAGAACCACAUGAAGGUGCACCUCAACAAGCUGUCGGCCAAGGCCAAGGCCCCCGGCGACGCCGACGCGCCCGCGCCCCUGGGCGGCCUGGCGCCGGAGGCCCACGCCAACCUCUACUCCCGCUACCUGUCCUGCCUGCAGGGCGGCUUCCUGGCCCCGGACAAAGCCGGCCUGGGCGAGCCCGGCGGCCAGCUCUACAAGGGGGAGCUGCCCCUGAAGGAGAAGGACGUCCUGGGCAAGCUGCUCGCGCCCAUCGCCAGCGGGGCGCACGGGGGCGCCCCCGAGGGGGACAAGCACGCGCUCCUCGGCUGCCUGAGCCUGGUGCCCCCGCUCAAGUCCAGCUGCAUCGAGCGGCUGCAGGCGGCGGCCAAGGCGGCCGAGAUGGACCCGGUGCACAGCUACCAGGCCUGGCAGCUCAUGGCCCGCGGCGUGGCGGCCGACCGCGGCUUCCUGCCCAAGGAGCACCCGCUGCAGCGCGGCCCUGAGGAGGCGCUGGCGCCCGCGGGCGUCCUGUUCGAUAAGGAGAAGCGGGAGUACGUGCUGGUGGGGGCCGACGGCUCCCGGCAGAAAAUGCCGGCCGACCUGGUGCCUGGCUCCAAGGCGGCCGGCCAGAGGGACCUGCCGGCCAAGCUGGACCCGCUGGAAGGCACUCGGGAGUUCCUGUCCCACGGGCUCAGCCAGGCGCUGGACUACCACCUGCAGGGCCCCGGGGGCCUGAAGGAGAAGCCCACCGAGUGCCCUGACUGCGGCCGCGUGUUCCGCACCUACCACCAGGUGGUGGUGCACUCGCGUGUGCACAAGCGGGACCGCAAGGCCGAGGAGGACGGGCCCCACGCGGGCCUGGACGAGCGGCGCGGCUCGGGCAGCGACCAGGAGUCCCAGUCGGUGAGCCGCUCCACCACGCCCGGCUCCUCCAACGUCACCGAGGAGAGCGGGGUCGGCGGGGGGCUCUCCCAGACCGGCAGCGCCCAGGAGGACAGCCCGCACCCCUCCUCGCCGUCCUCCUCAGACCUCGGCGAGGAGGCGGGGAGAGCGGCCGGCGUGCAGCCGCCCGCGCUGCUGCGGGACCGGAGCCUGGGCUCGGCCAUGAAGGACUGUCCGUACUGCGGGAAGACCUUCCGCACGUCGCACCACCUGAAGGUGCACCUGAGGAUACACACAGGUGAGAAGCCCUACAAGUGUCCGCACUGCGACUACGCCGGCACCCAGUCUGCGUCCCUGAAGUACCACCUGGAGCGGCAUCACCGGGAGCGACAGAACGGGGCGGGGCCCCUGUCCAGCCAGCCCGCCAGCCAAGACCCCCGGGAUGAGCCGUCGGGCAAAGCCGCGCUGUUCCUCAGGCCCGACAUCCUGAGGGGCGCCUUCAAGGGCCUCCCCGGGAUGGACUUCCGAGGGGGGCCCGCCGCCCAGCAGUGGCCGGCCGGGGCGCUGUCGUCGGGGGACCACCCCGGCCAGGCCGGCGGCCUGUCCUCCUCGGAGCCUCCGUCAGACGCUCUGAAAGGCGCCGACUUUCCCUCCAAAAGCGCCCACUUUUCCGAAGUCGGAAGAGCCUACCAGAGCCUGGCGGGCAAUGGCGUGAGCUUCCAGGGGUCCCUGCAGGCGUUCAUGGACAGCUUCGUCCUCAGCUCCCUGAGGAGGGAGAAGGGCGCCAAGGAUAAGGCCCCGCCGGACCCGCCCUCCGCCAAAGUCCACGGGGCGGACAGCGAGGACAGAGGUGGCGGGAAGGCGCCCUCCAGGAAGUCGGAGAAGUCGCAGUACGAGCCCCUGGAUCUGUCGGUGCGGCCCGACGCCCCCGCCCUGCCCGGCUCCCAGGUGACGGUGCGGGACAGCGUGGCCUGGCACGGCUGCUUGUUCUGCGCGUUCACCACGUCCUCCGUGGAGCUCAUGGCCCUGCACCUGCAGGCCAACCACCUGGGCAGAGCCAAGCGCAGGGACCCUGCCGUGGGGGUGGCCGUGCCCGGCAAAGAGCAGGCGCGGGAGGCCAGCAAGGCGGCCCUGCUGCCCUCCGUACCGUGCAGCAAGGAGGGGGCCCUGGCCGCCCUGAUGGGGCCUCUGGACUCUGCUUCUGAGAAGACGGCCCCAGGACCGGCCGUGGAGACGCUGGGGGAGCCGAAGAGCGGCCCGUGGCCCGGCCACGUGGACCCCGCGUUCUGCCACUUCCCGUCCGACUUCUACAAGCAGUUCGGCGUCUACCCCGGCACGGUGAGCGCGGGGGCCGCCAGCUCCUGCCCCGACAAGGGGCCUGAGGGCCAGGCCCCCUCAGAGGACGACGCCCCGAUCGUGAUCCCCGACACCGGGGACAAGAACACGCCCGACGGCCUGUCCGACGCCGCCUCCGACGACGACGUGGACUCCGCCAAGGGGGACGACGAGGACGAGGAGAUGGACACGGAGCCCGAGGUGGCGAGGAAGCCGCCCGCGGCCCUCAGCAAGGACAGCGGCGGCGACGGCGCGGACAGCCUGCUGCCCACGGGCGCCCCGCAGCCCGUGCAGGGACUGGCGUCCCCCCUGCCCCCGCCGUCGGAGAAGCCGUGGCACAGCCCGGGCCUCCUCCCGGCCCGGCCGGAGCGCGGGCCCCCGGGCCUGGAGAAGCCGGUGAACGUGCUGUCGGUCCUCAGGGCCUACAGCGCCGAGGGCCUGGCCGCCUUCAACGGACUUGCCGGGGGCGCGGCCGGCGCGGGAUGCGUCAAGAGGCCGGACGUGUGCGGUAAGUGACCCCCGUUCUAGCCGGUCUGGCUGGACGGGCCCUGGCGUGUCCGCGCUGCCCCGCCGGCAGCUACCGCGCCCGUCCCCAGGUCAGGAGGAGAUCGACUUGCACACUUGUGUGUUGAGCAGGUAGUCGCUGUGGGCGUAGGUGUGUGUGCCCGAGGCGCGCCCACGCCAUGUACACGCGGAGGCGGGAGGCGGAAACGCUGCCCACGUGUCCCCGCGCGCCUGGCGAUCAACACGGCUCAGUGAUGCGCGGGGCAAGCGCUCCCUCCCGCUGUGCCUCCCGGUGACAAACCGGGUGCUUGGAGUCCCCCCCCCCCCCCCAUCCCCUGCCCGUGAAAGGCCUGCCGUGGGGGCGGGGCUGCGGCUCCCUUCCCCAGCGGCCCUGACGUGGUCCCGGGCCCGAUGUCCUGUGCUUUGUGACGCAUAGAAGAGCCCGGAAGAGUGCAGUGGUCCCCUCUCCCUAGUGCAUAAGCGGUGACUUUGCUGGUGCGACCUGGUGCAGGCCCUGGCGUUCCCCGCGAGCCCGUGACGGUCAGACCCAGGACGGCACCUCGACACCCACAGCUGACCAGCAGGGGCUGAGGCCACACGUGCAGAGGAGGGGGGGGGGGCGUCGUGUGCCAGGGGUCACUUGCCCGGGGACAGGGUGUGGUCGGGUGAUGAGAUGCGUGGAGGUGACCCGGGACGAAGGCAUGUGCCGCUCAUCACUGUCGCUCCGAGUCAGUGUCAGACGUGAAGUGUGCUGUGCGCCCUGUUAGCCGUGAGGUCACGUGCGAGUGGAGUGAAGGCGACGCUAAAAUGCCCCGGUCACUUGUCUUGCUGUUGC